GAGUUAUAGAAGUACAAGUUUGUGUAUCUAUAGGUUGGUGUACCUAACCUCUAAAUCUACCAAACCCAGAAUCCCAUUAUAAGGGAAACCAGAGAAAAAGACAAGGCAAGAAUAAGUUAAACAUGGCUGCUUCAUUGGAAGAUGUUCCUUCAGAAAGCCUUCUGUCUGAAGUUCUCCGCCGUUUGAGAUGUUCUUCUAAGCCUGACAAACGCCUCAUUCUCAUUGGUCCACCUGGAUCCGGAAAGGGUACACAAUCUCCUAUCAUUAAGGAUGAAUUUUGUUUGUGCCAUUUGGCCACGGGUGAUAUGCUCAGAGCUGCUGUUGCUGCUAAAACUCCACUUGGAAUUAAGGCCAAAGAAGCUAUGGACAACGGUCAACUUGUGUCGGAUGACUUAGUUGUUGGCAUAAUUGAUGAAGCAAUGAAGAAAGCUUCAUGUCAAAAGGGCUUCAUUCUUGAUGGUUUUCCAAGGACAGUGGCUCAAGCAGAAAAGCUAGAUGAGAUGCUUCAGAAGCAGGGGACCAAGAUUGAUAAGGUGCUCAAUUUUGCAAUUGAUGAUGCAAUCUUGGAAGAGCGAAUCACGGGCCGAUGGAUCCAUCCUUCAAGUGGUAGAUCUUACCACACCAAAUUCCAACCUCCAAAAGUUCCUGGUGUCGAUGAUAUCACUGGAGAGCCUUUAAUUCAACGGAAAGAUGAUACUGCUGAAGUUCUCAAAUCAAGGCUAGAUGCAUUUCACCGUCAAACUGAACCGGUAAUCAAUUAUUAUUCCAAGAAGGGUGUUGUUGCAAGUCUUCAUGCUGAAAAACCACCAAAAGAAGUUACUUCUGAGGUUAAAAAUGUCCUAUCGUCUUGAAAAAAAGAGUCUUUCACAACAAAAUUGGGACACAUUACACAUGUUUUCUUUUUAAUCUGACGUAUUAUCGACUAAAAAAAAAAGGACACACUUGUGAUUUUGUUUUCUUAUCCGGCUUCUUGCUCAAGUUCCCUGAGGAAUUAUUGUUUUGUAUUCAGGAUACAGAUUUUGCUAAUAAAAUUUGGAAUAAUUCAUUGAUUGAUUAUUCGGCCUUUGC